ACUAAAUCAGUCAGUUUCUUUUUAAGCUUCGCCCCAAUUGGACGUUUUCGCAAGGACUUGGUCCCGUUGACUGGUCACCUGCCAGCAAUAAACUCGCAUUCCAUUUGACAUUUCGGUAAUUUUGCACACGCUGUAAAUAUUUGGUGCACAAGAAGGAGCAAAAAAAAAACAAAGCGAAAAGUAAAAGAAAAAACAAAGCAAAAAAGUAGAAGAAAAAUCAAAGUCAAAGCGCAAAAGCACUCAAUAUAAAUAUUAUAUGAGAACAGUACAAUAAAAAGCUGCAACAAAAACGCGCUUUGUGGCAAAUGAAAGAAAUCAGGGUCACGCAUGGGCGAGAAAAAAGUGAGUUGGCAGGCAAGCAGGUCCUUAAAACCAGACCAAAACAGCAGCCAACAAAAGCACCACAAAUGCACAGUUACUUGUGUAAAGUAAAUAACUGCAACUAAAAAAGUGCAACGAAAACAAAAACAAACCAUCUAACGGUCAGUGAAUACGAUCAAUGCCAAGUAUAAGAAAAACGAAAAUCAAAUAAUAACAGAGAAGUGCGAGCACAGAAAGGCAAACUAAAGUAACAAAAAAUAGCAAAAGUAUCAAAUGAACAACAAAUUGUAUGGAAGGAAUGUCUGUCUGUCUGUCGCCGUUUGUGUGCGCAUUGUUGUGGCAUAUAAUUUAUAGAAAUUGAAUAAUUUAAAGUGUGUAGGCAGUUGUGCGGAUGGCGGAGUGUGCAUUAAAAAGCAACACAAACACCAACACACAGACACAUACAUACAUAUAUGCAGCAGCAAUAACGAUAGUUGAGGCAGCAACAGCAAUAAUAGUUGAGGCAACAACUUAAGUGCAGCAACAACAAUAGUAGAACAAUCAUACGCCCAGUCGCACCUCAGCGCCAUUUAAGAAGCUGUGCGCGCCAGGGCGACACUUCCACAGUGUCUUGACGUACUAAUUCCACGCAUAACAAGCACACUGCUGUCGCUUAAUGAGAUUUACGUUAAAAAAAAUCUAUAAAUUCUAUACAAAGAAUUUCGUGCUAAUUCCCCUCACUGUGAUAUAACUUAUGCAGCAGAACAUAACCUACCAAAAAAAAAAAAAAUCAACUUAAAUACAAACAAACUACUUUUAGUACCUUAAUAACAUAAUAAAGGCAACAUUUGAGCGCGCCCACAUAUUUACUAACAUACAUAUGUACAUACAAAUAUAUAAAGCAUAUGUGUAUAAAAUUAUAUAAACUAUAAGAAGAAAGUGACAACCACUCGACUUUUAUGCGCAAUUUGUCGUUUGAUUAUAUCUUACAAACACACAACAACACAAAGCACUCCCACACAUAAGCAUUGUUCAGCUCCGUGUGACGAAAAAAAUAGCAAAAAAAGUGGAAAGUGGAAAUAGAAUAGAAUAGCAGUAAAUUUCCAUAUUAAACAUCACCAGUGCAAGUCACUUUUAAGUGGCGCCCCCAGCUAACAGCGGCAGUCUCCAGUGUCGUCGAGCGCAAGUGAGCAGGCACUUCACUUCACCUCUCAUCGCCAAGGAAUCGCAAAACUUGUUGCCGGAAACUUGUCGUGGUGCGGAUAAGGACAAUGGAGUCGCAACACAAAUCGGUUUUCAUGCUACUCUUCACUCUAUGCCUUACAUUAAGCGCUGCCCUCGAAGAGGACUGCAUUGAUUUCCAGGGUAAUUCCGUUAAUCAUGGCAUGCUGUAUGUGCCCGGACCGGGCGUCUGCAGUCUAUGUGUCUGCUAUCACUCAGAGCCACUUUGGUGCAAGGCCAUCUACUGUGAUCCACCCUAUUUCUGUAAAAAUUUCCGUGUAGGCGAGCGCUGUUGUGAGUUCGAGUGUUUAGAUCCGCCCGGAGAGGAUAAUAAAUAUCAGGAACGCAUGCGAAAGCGGGCGGAAAUACUGGCUGGCAAUAGCACUGCAUCGAUGCAUCGCAUCACUCCACUCGCCGUCUCCACCAUAGUGUUUACAGUUAUAACAAAUAGCUUUUUGAAUUUAUAACUUCAAGCGAAAGGCGAAAUCACAGAUGGUGGUUGGUGGUGGUGAAGCGCGGAAGAGGUGUUGAGAGCAAAAUGUGGCGAAACAAAGUAGAAACGGAAAGCGCCUUAUUCGUGUGUCUGUCGCUGUGUGUGUGUGUCUGUAGAGUAGUAGAGCAGGAAGUCGCUGUCGGUGGUGGUCUAACAAAUUUUUGCGCAAAAAUUCGCGCAUAUUUACUAAGCUAUAUGUAGUACGUGCUAACAUAUAUGUACAUACAUACAUAAAUAUUUAUGCAAGUAUAUGGAUUUAGCACAUUUUUUUACAUACUUCAAUAUAACAAUAAAUUAGAGCAGAGGGUAAAAACAAGCUUAGUGGGAAAAUUAUGAAAAAUUUAUGAAUAAAAAAUAAUAAAAACUGAAUAUU